GCCAUUGCCCAUUUCCUGAUUAGUCAAUGUAAUUUCUUAAAUUACAUCAUAUCCCUUGAUAAUUAAUUAAACCCAAACCCAUGUCCCUUCUUUUGUAACCAUUUCAGUUACGACACAUCUUUCCCUUCAUUCACUACACAAAAAAGUAAAAUGGAAGAAGAGGAGUCAGGGGAAUGCAACAAUGACCUGUCUUUGACCAGGCCGAGUCUAGGAGGCUCUGAAUAUGACGAUGAGUUGGGAAUCCCUGAAUCCCUCAGUAUUGUCGAUGUGGGGGAUGGCCCCGUUCUCAUAGAACACUCAGAUGAGGAAAUUGAUGAUGAUGUUUUCGACGGUUUGCCCUUCUCUUCAAUUCACAAACCACCAAUCAAAUUCAAGUCUUUUCGAAGAAACGUCUUCAUCCCCUCCUUGGAUAUUUCAGUAACAAUCAAAGAUUAUGAACGAAAUUUAACAACACAUAUGCUCAACCCCAACUUAUACACCAUUUCCCUAGUCCAUGGCACGUUCAACUGGCAAAUCAAAAAGCGCUACAAACAAAUACAACAUUUACACCAACAAUUGAUUUUAUUUAGGGCUGGUUUGAAUAUCCCCUUUCCGAGUAAAACCCACAAAAGGAAAAGAAAGAGUUUUAAGAUGAAUGUGCCUGAAGCGGGACGAGGGAAACGAAAAGCGGCGCUUCCAAGAUUCCCGAAAAAACCCGAGAUUUUGGUCCCGUAUGAAAAACUCGGCGAUAGAAUCAAGCAACUUGAAAACUACCUCAAUAAUUUGCUCUCUAUUAAUAUUUAUCGCAAUCAUCCUGCCACUAUUGAAUUUUUGGAGGUUUCGCAUUUAUCGUUUGUUCAAGGCCUCGGAAUUAAGGGUAAGGAAGGAGUGGUUAAAAAACGGACCGGAAGCACGCAACCGGGACAAGCGGGGUGCAACUGUUGUGGCCUCAUUAGGUGCAUGUUUUGCAUAAGAUGUCAGCACUUGUGCAACGACAUUCUAUGCGCGCGCUGGAACGAGCGUUGGUUUUUCAUCAAGGACACCUGUUUCGGCUACAUAAACCCUGAAGAUGGCAUGGUAAAAUGCGUGAUUUUAUUCGACCAAGGUUUCGAGGUCGCUUCCGGUUUGUACUCAAUCGGUUUACAAACCGGUUUCCAAAUCCAAACAUUGAGUCGCCAAAUCGCAUUUAAAUGUUGGACGAGGCGAAAAGGUCGCGAAUGGAUUGAAACCCUCAAAGAGGUGGCUUCAGGGACAGCCCGCGACUUCACCCAAGCCAACCAACACCGAUCCUUCGCACCCUUAAGGACCACAAUCGCGGCGUGUUGGUUCAUAGAUGGCGCUAGUUAUAUGUCAGCCGUGGCCGACGCGAUUGAGAAUGCCAAAGAAGAGGUUUUUAUCACUGAUUGGUGGUUGAGUCCUGAGAUUUAUAUGAAACGGCCAGCGUUGAGUGGGGAUUAUUGGAGGUUAGAUAAAUUAUUGCAGAGGAAAGCUGCGAGUGGUGUACGAAUUUUCGUGCUACUUUACAAAGAAGUGGAGUUGGCGUUGGGUUUGAACAGUUAUUACAGUAAACAAACGCUAGCGGAAUUGUCGGAAAAUAUCAAGGUUUUGCGCCACCCGGAUCAUGCCCGUGUGGGGGUGUUUCUCUGGGCCCAUCAUGAAAAAAUGGUUGUUGUGGACCAAACUUAUGCUUUUGUUGGCGGCAUUGACUUGUGCUACGGCCGCUGGGACGAUGCCAAACACAGAGGUAAAGAUGCGAUUUUGAACCGGUUGCAAGAAGCCGGAAUUGAGGACCCCACCGAUUACAUCUCUUUCUACGGUUUGCGCAACCACUCAACUUUGAAUUGUGAGCCAAUCACUGAGCUGAUUUACGUCCACUCGAAAUUGAUGAUAGUCGAUGAUAAAACGGUGGUUUGCGGCUCGGCUAACAUCAACGAUCGCUCUCUAAUCGGUAAAAGAGACUCGGAAAUUGCCGUUUUGAUCGAAGAUGAGGCCUUUGACGAUGGUGUCAUGAAUGGGAAGAAGUUCCCAUGUGGGAAAUUCGCCGGGAGUUUACGCAAAUAUUUAUUUAAGGAACAUUUGGGUUUGUUGGGGAAAGAAAACGAAAUGAUCGAUUUUGAUAUCACCGAUCCGAUUUCGGAUUUUUUCUACAAAGAAAUUUGGCACAAAACGGCCAGUUUGAAUACAGAGUUUUACGAAAAAGUCUUCCACUGUAUUCCAACAGACAAGGUUAGAAAUUUCGCCGAUUUGAAGAAAAACCAAGAGGAGAAGCCCCUGUAUAUUAAUGAGAUUUCACGAGCUGAAAAAAUGUUGGAGAGUAUUCAGGGCCACCUCGUACUAUUGCCUUUGCAUUUCCUGUGUCAGGAAAGUUUGACUCCUGCCGCUAGUUCAGUAGAAGGGAUGAUGCCCACGUCUUUGUGGACCUAAAUACUAUAUUUUUACUGCAAUUUUAUUGUUUAAGAUGCCGUCCGUUGAAAACACAGGUGCUACAUACAUUUUUUUUCUACAUUCCCCCAAGUGCUUUAAUACAAAAAUCGUUGUUGUGUCCCUUUAUUUAUUACAGUAUUAUACAUUUUUGGUACACAUUUACAGUGUCUGUCUACUAAUUAAAUUAUUUAUCUAAA